CCUGCCAGUGUGUCGAAAUCCCUUGGCAAGGAUGGCAGCUGCUGAACAGCCGUCAUCUGCCGCCGACGGCCUCAACGGUCCCUCGCGGCUCCCCGCGGCGUGGGUGGCACGCCUCACCAGCAUCGGCAUCACCCAGGAAGAGUACCUCAGCAGGGACCAGAAGCAGCGCAUGGACAUCUGUUGCCUUCUCGCGGACAUCCCUGGCGCCAAGAGCAAGACCAGCGAGGAGAACAAGGAGAUCACCUCAGACGACGCCACUCCCGCCGCCAACAGUGCCAAGCCGCCGGCAGAGCUCAAGAACGUCGGCCUGCAGGCCUCCCCCGAGGUGGGCGAGGCCGCCAUCCAGACUGACAUAUCGCACCCUUCGCCCGCACCCACCCCCAGGCUCCCCACCCUCGCAGCACCAUCGCGCGCCGACGACCGCGAGUCAGCUUCAGCAGCAGCCGCUGCUGCUGCUCCGAUGGACACCGAUAUGGGGGACAGGCGCAAGGAGAGGGAGAGGGAGGUGGUGCGGAAGAAGGACAAGGACAGCUCAGUGAUGGACGAGGACAAGUCAGCUGCAGCGUCAGACAGGAAGCGGCCGUCGAGUGCCGUGGGCGAGAGUGACAGCGGCAAGGGGAGUGAGGACAAGAGGAGCAAGAAGCGGAAGAAGGGCAGGGACAGGAGCCAGGGGGCGGCAGCGGCAGGUGCCGCCGAGGGGUCGCCUGCGCUCUCCAGCAGAGACGAGCCGGAGGUGGCCACACCGAGGGCAAACAACAAGCUGCUCAGGGUGAGUUAGUGACAAACAACACAUACACACUCUCUGGAUGGAUGGAUGGAUGGAUGAACGGACGGGUGGCAUGCGACACUGUCUGCUCGUGUAUGUGUGUGUGUGUGUGUGUGUGCGUGUUUAGGUGUGGAAGAGGAAGCCCGAGGAGGUCAUGAAGGGCGUGGGUGACGAUGAUCUGAGGAACAUCGCCGAGUUGAUGAUCCAGGAGAAGACCGCUGAGGACUCGGCGGAGUUCCAAAACUGGAACAUCAGCUGGAGCUGGGCCGACAAAGACAAGAAGAAAGUCGGGUGAGUGACGUCGCCAAAGGACAAACAGACAGACAGACAGACAGGAGGCAGGGAGGGGAGGGGAGGGAGAAGCCAUCCACCGAUCGUUUCUCCCUGCCUCCCUCCCUGCCUGUGUUGCCUGCCGUCAGUCUGUUUAAGGCGGGGCCGGGCCCGCCUUAUGAGGACUUCUACACCGAGCCGAAGAAGUCCCUCACAUACAACAAACUCCAGGAGGUGAGCGACAAGAAUGAAUGCCCCCUAAGCCUCGCGCACCCACCCAACCCCACCCAUCCGUCCCCAUCUUCUUGUCUGCCUGCAGGUGCUCACCAAGGCGCUCAAGGCCCGCAACGCCAAGCGCAGGAUGGCGCAGAAGGGGGACGCUCCCGCGCUGCCCUCGCCAGUGGAGCCGCUCAGCCCCGCUCGCCUCGACGCGUUGGCCCGAGCGCUGCUGCUGCACGUCAAGCGCAAGACGACUCGACGCGCGCUGGGUCUGCCGUGGGCGGCGUCGCUGUGCAUCACUUGGCUGACGCAGCAGCACCACUACAAGGUGCAAAUCUCCUACUCGAUGCUGCGGACGGCCCAGCGGACGCUCACCUUCAGCGACGGGCAGGAGAAGGAGUGGUGCGACAAGAAGGUCGAGACCUUCGCACCUAAAGCCAACAACUAUGAGGCGCUGUGGGAGGUGAGAUGGAUGGAUGGCACCGCACCCAGAGAUGGACACACGACACACACACGUCAUGCGUUGGUUGUGUUGUCUUUCUUGUGUCUGUGUGUGCUGGGUGGGGUGGUGGGUUGUCAGGCGUGUCGCCUGGCGAUAGGGAAGCGCAACGAUUUCUCUCGUGAUUUGGGGUUGAAGGCCUACAUCAACCCCGCCAUCAUCGACGACGUCAAGGACGGCAACUGCUCCAUCGCACCAUUCCCAGCUGACACACACACGGGGCAUGAGUGAGUGAGUGGGUGGGUGGGGUCUACGGGGGUGUGCACGUGACGUGAUUGGUUAACCAAGUGGAGGGAGGGAAGGGGGCUGGGCUGCCAGGACGCUGGCAGCUCCUCCGGGCUUCGCGCGUGACUUUUUUUCCUUAUCGGUUGGAUAGGAUGACUGGCUAAGGGCAAGUGGACGGGUGGACGGGUGGGUGAAUUCAUGAGCGGCCUGUUGAGAGGGCUCCUGCAUGCCAUGUGUCUGGAUGUAUGGUCGGUUGCCGCGUGUGUGGGUUUCAUCUUACUUAAUUUGCGGCGUCCUCGUUACUUUUACACGGUGGGUGAGGGCUGGCGUGUCUGUCUGUCGAGUGGGCAGCCUCCUCGUAAUUAGUUUCCAUCCCGCCUUUCCUGCCUUCGGCCAGUCGACGAAUGUUCCAUAAUUCCACCACACACCAAGGGCCCAAUGUCGCUGCUGCCUCCAUGCCUGCCUACCUGUCUGUCUGUCUGUCUGUCUGUGUGGAUGUGUGGAUGUGUGGAUGGGCGUUCUGUAACCUCCCUACCUACUUUCCACCUUAACACUUUUUUGGUCGGCUGAUUCCUUCGCGCGGGGUGUGCGUGUCCCGUCCAUCCAUCCAUCCAUCAGAGGCUGCUCCACGCUGCUGCGAGUGAGUGGGUGGGAUUCAUUCAUAUGUAGUGCGCCUACGCGUGUGGGACAUAACCAGAGAAUGGGCUGAGUGCAAUGCAUGGCAGGUGGUCUCCUCUCGCACGGUGACGGACGGGAUGGUGCGUCGAGUGCCAAGUCUUUCAGUAGCUGCGUUGGGUUCGAACUCGGGACAAUUCGGAUCACGACACGAACUCCUCCGCCACUCAGAUAACCG